UGAAAUAUGUGCAUUUUUUUGUAAUAAAAUUCUAAUUUCUAUUACGAUUUAUGUGAAUAUGUACCAAUAUUAUGACUGAACCAUGUUUAGAUGUUUGAAAGGGAAAUUGGUCAUUUGAACUAUAUGCCUAACAAAUUAGUUUAUUUAAUUAGAAUGGUAUAUUUUUUUUUGUUAUUUAAAGUCAUGUUCAUAUAUUACUGCUUAGAAGUUUUCCUCCUUAUCGAUAAUUUUAUAUAAAAUGUCCUAAAAUUAAAAAAAAUGUAUACAACAAAGUCAUUAAUAUAUUUUAUUAUUAUCUUUAUCUGCCCUGCAGUAUUGGGACAAUUUUAUGAAGAUAAAAGAUGUCGAUGUGUGUGUCCUAGUCCAGCUUCAAUUAUAAACAAAACACAGGAUAAAAUUUUUGAUCGGAAACUUUACAUUGCUUAUGUCCCACCAAGCAAAUGCAACUGUGAUGGUGUAAUAUUACCACUCAUGAGUGAUGAGAUAAGAGAUAAUGCUCAAGUAUUUUGUCCAUGGUGUGAAUGUAAAUAUGAGACUAGGAAUACUACAAUAAUUAUGGUUGUAGUGAUAAUUGUACUAUGGAUAUUGAUGCUACUUACAGCCUAUCUUAUAUUUCUUAUGAUUCUUGAUCCACUUGUUACCAAGAGGAAAACAGAAACUUAUAGUUCCAAUGCUGAUGAAGCACAAAAUCUUCUUCUGCAGGAGCAUGAUCCUGAAGAUUAAUCUUGUACUUGUAUUUAGUAAUAAAGCUGUUGACAAUAUUUUUUAGUUGUAAUCAUAUUGUUUUUUGUAAUAUAAUAUUUAUUAAGAAUAAAAUAAAAAUAUAUCUGUCUACUGACAAGAAACUCCCA